AUGUUACCAUCACAAUUUUCUUAAGCUGCUUACUAUGGAAACCUAUACUUGUAUGCAUAAUACAUUCACUUAGUCCAUACACCCCACAAAUGGAGUUUAGAUUGCAUACUUAAUGACAUGUUAGUUUACCUAUCUAAAACUUAUUCAUUACGCGCAUUGCAUUUAAAAACAAUGAGGAUACAGAUUUUUGUUUUGUUUAAAUACAAAAUCAGAAAAUAAUUUCAAUCAUAAUGGACGACAUGAAGGAAUAAUAUUAUUAUUAGGAAUAACAUUGUAAGGAAGAAAUGAAAAUAAAUUUUGUAAAAUAGACAAAAUAUGAUAAUUGUAUAUCAGAGGGUUUGCAGUUGGGCAUGCCACUGGUACACUUGAAAUGGUCUAGUCUCUUCGUGACGACGUUGUUAACUCUUACAUUACUACAGGUGGGUGUAAAGGGUAAAACUUUCACCUUGGGAUACAUUACAGGCUCAAAGAGACGGCCAAACGACUUUGAGUAUCAACGUCCUGGCUUUCGGAUUUCCGGCGCCAUCACCUUGGCUGUAGAGGAGGUAAAUGCUGGUGAGUUAGGUAGACGUGGUCACAAACUGGAAUUUCUGAUUGCCGAGACCUACGGCGAAGAAGAGACAAGCAUUUUGAUGACAGCAGAUCUUUGGACGAAGAACGUCAGUGCUUAUAUUGGGCCACAAGAAACUUGUGUUCACGAGGGACGAAUGGCCUCUGCCUUUAAUAUACCAAUGAUAUCUUAUUUUUGUACACAUCAUGAAACAUCAGACAAACUAGAAUUUCCAACAUUUGCCAGAACGCGACCUCCUGAUACACAAAUAUCAAAAUCUAUUGUUUCGGUACUUACUGCAUUUAAUUGGACAAAAGUAUCUUUUCUAUACAUGAAUUCAAGUUUAUUUGAAUUCAAUAAAAUGUCAACAGUGGCAAGCACAAUUUUGUCAUCAUUUGCUGCAGCUGGUAUUACAGUCAACUAUUUGCAAUGUUGGGAGGAACCCUAUCACGUGACUCAUAUGAAAAAUCCUUUUCACAAACUUGUCAGCGAGACGUAUAGUGAAACGCGAAUAUAUAUCAUACUCGGAAAUUAUUACGAGCACAUGGGAUUAUUAAUGGCUUUAGACGAGAGAAAACUCCUGGAAAAAGGUGAAUAUUGGGUGGUUGGAGUGGACAUUGAACAAUAUGACCAACACGAACCUGAUAAGUAUUUACGGGGUUUAUGGCAGAAACAAACUGAUUUGAAAAUGUUAAAAGCAUUUCGAAACUAUUUCAGUAUUGUCGCUUCACCGCCUGUUAGUUUCGAUAAUUUCACAACACUAAUUAACGAAUACAGACGAAAACCACCAUUCAACUUUAGUAAUCCAGUGGACAAUCUUGGAGGGGUUGUUCAGAUUGUACCAGAGACGGCAUAUUUGUAUGACGCAGUUCACCUUUACGGGAAGACAUUACUUCAGGCAUUAGACGAAAAUAGGGACCCGUUGAAUGGGAGGGAAAUGAUAUCCACAUUGCAUGGUGUUCACUAUGAAAGUGCCAUGGGGUACAUGGUGUACAUGGAUGAAAAUGGCGACGCAGAGGGCAAUUAUACUCUAAUCGCUUUAGAUAAUCGAUCCCCAAAGGGACAUGGACUUUACCCGAUUGCACAUUUUAUCGGUAAAGACGAAAAGACAAAUCUUCCGAAAUUACAUUUCAUUAGAGAAAUAACAUGGCUGGGGAAUGGACCACCAGUAGCGGAGCCCUACUGUGGAUAUCAUGGAGAAAAAUGCAACUCUUAUACUGGCGAAAUAGUAGGAGGAACCGUAGGCGGAUUGAUGCUGGUUUUAUUAGCAAUAUUGUUAAUCCUAUACAGAAACUGGAGAUACGAACAAGAACUUGAUUCGCUUCUUUGGAAGGUUAAUUAUAAAGAUAUCCAAUUAAAGGAAUCUAAAGAUGUCACAGCGAAUAAUGAUCAAAUAGUGAAAACAAAUUCAAAGAGUCAGCCUUUCGUAAGAACUAGUCAAGUUUCGCUGAGUUCAAAUCCGGAUGCUGACUUUCGCUAUUCGAUGAUUUACACACAAGUAGGCGUUUAUAAGGGUAGAAUUUUCGCCGUAAAGAAAGUGAGGAAAAAAUCAAUCGAGAUUACAAGGGAAAUGAAAAAGGAGCUAAAAGUGAUGAGAGAUUUGCGACAUGAUAAUUUAAAUGCUUUCAUCGGCGCUUGUACGGAUCCACCAAAUAUUUGCAUUGUCGUUGAAUAUUGUGCCCGGGGAAGUUUAAAGGACAUACUAGAAAACGAAGACAUCAAACUUGACAAUAUGUUCAUGGCUUCCCUGGUAGGUGAUAUUGUAAGGGGAAUGAUUUUUCUACAUGAAUCCGUCAUGAAGUACCAUGGCUCUUUAAGUACAUCAAAUUGUCUAGUAGAUUCACGUUGGGUGGUGAAAUUAGCAGACUUCGGAUUUCAUGAGUUUAAACGCGAUGCUGAUUAUGAUCCAGAGGAUGUAAUGAAGCGAUAUCAAGCAUUAUUAUAUCGAGCACCCGAAUUGAUACGAGCAACAAAAAUAUGUGAACCUACGGCAAGAAAUUAUCAAAAAGGAGAUAUUUAUUCGUUUGCGAUAGUUCUCUACGAAUUGCAAGGACGUCAUGGACCCUUUGGUGUCACUGAUCUGACACCUCCGGAAAUUCUCAAAAGAAUUAUAACUCGAGAAAUAAGUUCACCUCCUUAUAGACCACCACUAGGCCAGCUAGAAAAUAAUUUUGAUUUUAUACGGGAUUGUCUAAUAGAAUGUUGGUCAGAGGAUCCGGAACUACGACCUGAUUUUAAAAUCAUAAGAAAUAAACUUCGACCCUUACGCAAAGGAAUGAAACCAAAUAUUUUUGACAAUAUGAUGGCGAUGAUGGAGAAAUAUGCAAAUAAUCUCGAAGCCCUUGUUGAUGAACGAACUGAUCAAUUAACGGAGGAGAAGAAAAAAACAGAUGCACUAUUAUUCGAAAUGCUGCCAAGAUACGUUGUUGAGCAAUUGAAACGAGGCAAUAAAGUUGAAGCUGAAAGUUUUGACUCUGUCACCAUCUACUUUAGCGAUAUCGUUGGUUUUACUUCAAUGUCAGCAGAAAGUACACCACUACAGGUAGUUGACUUCCUCAAUGAUUUGUACACGUGCUUUGACUCGACGAUUGAAAAUUACGAUGUUUAUAAAGUGGAGACUAUAGGCGACGCUUACAUGGUGGUGAGUGGACUGCCAAUACGAAAUGGAAUUCAGCACGCAAGUGAAAUAGCCAGUAUGUCCUUGUGUCUUCUAAAUGCAGUCAAACAAUUCACGAUUCGUCACAGACCGUUAGACAAAUUGCAGUUACGCAUAGGAAUACACUCAGGUCCAGUUUGUGCGGGUGUUGUUGGUUUAAAAAUGCCACGUUAUUGCCUAUUUGGAGAUACAGUUAACACUGCGAGCAGAAUGGAAUCCACUGGAUCACCAUUAAAGAUCCACUGCAGUCUCGAGACAAAGCUCCUCCUCGAUCAGCAAUGUGGCUUUAAUUUAAUAGAACGAGGGAUCAUUUCACUAAAGGGAAAGGGCGAAAGAAUGACCUAUUGGCUGAUAGGUGAAGAUCCAACUAUGCGAGAAAUUCGUUCAAAGGAACGAUCUUUACGACGUAUUGGAAAUUGUUCUAUUACAAAGAAAGCGAUAACAAUGGAUCCCUUAGUGCCAAGGAGUUCCCUAAAAAAUAAAGCUCUCACAAGGACAACAUUUCUACGAUGUUCGAGUGAAUCACCAAAAAGAUUACGAUUCGCCAGUUCCGAUCAACUUGAUAAAAAAAGUAUUCGUAAUGGAAGUCAACUUGAAUCAAUCGCCGAUAAUAGUCCAUGCAAGGGAACAAUCACUUGUCCUGGAAGAUUAUCACAAGUUGAAAGUAUGAUUUCCAGUAAUUCGUGUCCAUGCGUGGAAAAACUUUGUGACACCGAAGUGUUUCCAAUUAAUAUCGAUUCAUUAUCGUCAAAUAAUAUUUUUAAUGAAAAUUUUCUGAACAUUACACCAAUGUUGAGAAAUGAUGAUUUUCUGAAUAAUGAAGAUUCAACAAGCACGAGUCUUGAGACAAAAGGUUUUUGGUUAGGGACCAGUGACUAUUUACGAAUUGCUUGUAAAUCAGCUCCGAAUAGUCCAAAAAAUAGUUGUACUUUUUUAAAUGCCCAACAGAGAGGAACUCGUUCUACUGACGAGAUAGAUAGUUGGGACGUUGCUCCUCUUAUUUAAAUAUACUUUUUACUUAAAUAACUUUGAGGGCGGACUGAAAAUCUCUUUUUGGACAAAAGUAACAGCAAAUUAUUCCAUUUUAAAAAAAUCUAAAUUUUAUACUAUUCAAAUGGUAUGAAAUGACUGAUACCCUAAAAACUGAUGACUAAAUGAAUUAAUAAACGGAAAUUAACAUUCGUUUCUAUCUGACGAUAAAAAAAAUUUACUCACACGCGCCCUCGAGUCAAGAGACCUUUUUGGUCCAAAAUUGAUAAAAAUCAAUUGAUUAUUAUAUUUAUUGCAAAAACUUUUGGAUAUUGUUAAAUAUUGAAAGAAGGGAACUAAAAAAAUUUCUCCUAUU